AUGGCUCCACUGCAUGAGAGCCGGGAACUUGCGUCCGCCUCCCGAAUGUUUGGAGGAAUUUCGAAUGAGGCCUAUCGCCAGGCCCAACGGAAUGAUGGGUUGCAUUUCAUAUGCAGACAGUGUGAGGAAAGACACUGGCCGGAAAUCACAGACACCGAUGCGGAUGAAGAUGAAACAGCUCUCGCCAACACCGUCGCCGCUGAUCUCGAGCCGUUGGACAACUCGACAUCUAUAAAUGAAUCAUCUGCCGCCGCUGAUCUAGAACCAGAACCGUUGGAUGGGACAUUAAACAUAACGCGACGUGACAAUAUCGACGUGACAAUGGAACCGACAGAGACAGCACUUGCAGAGCCUGAAUUGCCGGACACAGUGACAGAAGAUGUUCCUAUAACUUUCACCAUGCUUGAGAACGGCAGUAAACGAGGCGGCCGAUUGCUGGUGUCUAGCAACGGAUAUUCUUACGGCGUGAAGAAUGCGAACAAGAGUUCCAUAUUCUGGCGUUGUAGCGUGCGAAGCAAAAAGAUGCGAUGUCACGCGACAGUCUUACAGAAAGGCAGUGACUUUCGUCUAUGCUCCAAUGCGCACGUGCACCCAGCGGAAAGCACAGGAAUUAGGCCUAGCCACCGCCUACCGAACCGUUAUAUUUAUUGUUCAAAUUUGAACCAUUUGGGCACUUCGUUUGCGAAGACUGCGUUCCGAAAAAGAAAAAGAAGGGCGGUGUUUGUACAGAAUGCUUCCAGAGUGUGA